ACCUCCCCUCGCUCGCGUGCCUCCAAAGAGAACUUCCUUCUUCCCUGGAAGGCGCAGAGAGAGAAGGAGAGAAGUUUCCGGUCCCCGCCGUUCUUGGAGCGGCGCUAGAACAGGAACACGAUGAAGCCGGAGACGCUGACGCUGACGCUGGUGCUGGUGAAUCUGGCGUCCAUAAUGGAGAGGGCGGACGAGUCCCUGCUCCCGGGCGUGUACAAGGAGGUGGGUGCCGCCCUCCACAUCGAUCCGACGGGCCUGGGGUCGCUGACGAUGUACCGAGCCAUCGUCCAGUCCGCUUGCUACCCGCUCGCCGCGUACCUUGCGACCCGCCACAACCGCGCCCACGUCAUCGCCCUCGGCGCCUUCCUCUGGGCCGCCGCCACCUUCCUCGUCGCUGUCUCCUCCACUUUCCUGCAGGUAGCGAUUUCAAGAGGCUUGAAUGGGAUCGGACUUGCGAUAGUAAUACCUGCGGUUCAGUCUCUUGUUGCAGACUCUACAAAUGAUAGUAGCCGUGGGAUGGCGUUUGGAUGGCUGCAGCUAACAGGCAACAUUGGCUCCAUAAUUGGGUCGCUGUGUUCUGUUUUAAUUGCCUCAACAUCCUUCCUGGGAAUCCCCGGUUGGAGAAUUGCUUUUCACCUGGUUGCCAUAAUAAGCGUCGUCGUCGGUAUUUUGGUGCGGCUUUUUGCUAACGAUCCUCGAAAUUCUGAUGACAAAAAUCUAGCUAAAGAUCGGAAUUCACUUACGUCCUUCUGGUCAGAACUUAAAGACCUGGUUAAAGAAGCGAAAUUGGUGAUGAGGAUCCCAUCUUUUCAGAUAAUAGUGGCUCAGGGCGUGUCCGGGUCAUUCCCGUGGUCAGCUCUUUCAUUUACUGCAAUGUGGUUGGAACUCAUUGGCUUCACUCACAAGACAACAGCAUUCCUCGUGACAAUCUUCAUUAUCGCUGGUUCUCUUGGUGGUCUUUUUGGAGGAUAUAUGGGGGAUAUUCUCGCCAAACGCUUGCCCAACUCAGGCAGAAUAAUCUUGUCGCAGAUAAGUUCUGGUUCAGCGAUUCCUUUAGCUGCGGUUUUGCUCCUAGCAUUGCCUGAUGACCCUUCCACAGCGUUCAUGCACGGUCUGGUUCUGUUUAUCAUGGGUCUGAUCAUAUCCUGGAAUGCCCCGGCUACGAACAAUCCGAUAUUUGCAGAGAUAGUCCCUGAGAAAUCCAGAACAAGCAUCUAUGCACUGGAUCGCUCUUUCGAGUCCGUCAUAGCAUCAUUCGCUACCCCAUUGGUUGGGAUUAUGGCUCGGCAUGUAUAUGGGUAUAAGCAACUUCCCAAGGGAUCAUCCGGCUCUGUAGAGAUAGAAACAGAUAGGGAAAACGCUGCAUCUCUUGCAAAAGCCCUUUACACAGCCAUCGGAAUCCCAAUGACAAUCUGUUGCUUUAUUUACUCUUUCCUCUACUGCACGUAUCCGAGAGAUAGAGACCGUGCAAGAAUGACUGUGCUGAUUGAAUCAGAAAUGCAGCAGAUGGAGGUCAAUAGCCCUCACUCAGAAGAAAAUCUGGACAACCUUGAUAUGGCAAAGUCGAACAGUGGUUAUGAGAAGGAUAGGAGCGUGAUCGACAUCGAUGACGGAAUGGAGGAAAGUAUCGACUUGGAUGAUAAUGACGAAAAAUCCUUGCUUUCGAGGCAGCUAACCUUUGCGGACGUCGAAGAAUAAUGAAAACCAGCAAUUCCUGGCUCUUCUAGGAAUCAUCAAAUCAACCAACUUUAGAGCACUCGUCUCUGUAAAAAGCUUUUCAUAUGGUAGGCAUUUCCGGGAUGUGAUCUUGACACUUCUUCAAGAGACGAUUAAUGUACGUGACUACUAUGAUAACUAUUCUUUUCCACUUCAUUAUUGUGUCAUCUCCAAGUCAAUGGAUUUCAGGCUGUUUAUCCUA